AUGGGUAGAAAAAUAACUGUAGCCUGUUGUUCACUUAAUCAAUGGGCAUUAGACUUCGAUGGAAAUUGUUCCCGGAUCAUCGAAAGUAUCAAACAGGCUAAAAAACAAGGAGCCAGUUAUCGUGUUGGUCCAGAGCUGGAAAUAACUGGCUAUGGAUGCGCUGAUCAUUUUCUUGAAGUGGACACAUGUAGGCAUUCCUUUGAAGUUCUGGCCAAAAUCAUGGUUGACCGAGAUUGUCAAGACAUUGUUUGUGAUGUGGGCAUGCCAGUGCUUCACAAUAACAAUUUGUACAAUUGCCGUGUCAUAUUUUAUAACAAGAAGAUAGUCCUGAUCAGGCCUAAACUAACUCUCUGUAAUGAUGGCAACUAUCGAGAAUUGAGAUGGUUCAAUCCCUGGACAAAACUGAAGCAAUUUGAGGAUCAUGCCUUACCUGAAAUAAUCCAGGACAUCGCUAAACAGAAAAUUGUUCCCUUUGGUGAUUGUAUUAUUUCCACUUUGGACACUUCAAUCGGUUUUGAGACUUGUGAAGAAAUGUUUGUACCAAGCAGUCCCCUUAAUUCUAUGAGUUUGGACAAUGUGGAAAUAAUUUUGAACUCCAGUGGAAGUCAUCAUCAACUCCGCAAGGCCAAUCUACGAGUGGAAGCCAUUAAAGAAGCUACAAAUAAGUGUGGCGGAUUGUAUUUGUACUCUAACUUCUUUGGCUGUGACAGUGAUCGCCUCUACUAUGAUGGGUGUUCAUCUAUUUGCAUGAAUGGCCAGUUCUUAGCACAAGGACCUCAGUUUUCACUUGAGCAAGUGCUGACUAUUUCAGCUACAGCUGAUCUGGAUGAAGUUGGAAUUUACAGAAACCGCAGGAAGAGUUUCAGCUUAAAAGCGGAACACGAAGGUCAUUACCCACGCGUUGAAUUGCCCGUGUCUUUGUGUCAUAAGCAAAAUAGGGUCCUAACAGAUCCAAUUGAUUGGCAGUAUCAUUCUGCUGAAGAAGAAAUCAGUUUGGGCCCUGCUUGUUGGCUUUGGGAUUAUCUGAGACGGAGUGGCCAGAAUGGUUAUUUCUUGCCUCUGAGUGGAGGCAUUGAUAGUUCCAGUGUUGCUUGUAUUGUAUCAUCUAUGUGCCGGCUGGUCUUCAAAGCAGUCAAAGAAGGAAAUGCUCAGGUAAUCAGAGAUAUGCGACAGAUUGUUGGUGAUGACAAGUAUAUGCCAACCAAUCACCAGGAUUUGGCCAAUCAUCUUUUCACAACUUGUUACAUGGGCUCAGAGAAUAGUUCUGAAGAAACAAAAUCUCGAGCUAAGGAAUUGGCUAAGCAAGUGGGCAGCUACCAUAUGGACAUCAGUAUCCAGACUCUAGUGUCAGCACUUCUUGCUCUUUUCAUUUCGGUUAUGGGGGUCACUCCAAAAUUCAAAAAAUUUGGAGGCAGUGUCAGAGAAAAUCAGGCUCUGCAGAAUAUUCAGGCUCGGCUUCGGAUGGUUUUAGCUUACUUUUUUGCUCAGCUGACAUUGUGGGCUCGAGGCAGACCUGGAAGUCUUUUGGUGUUGGGAUCAGCCAAUGUUGAUGAAAGUUUACGUGGCUACAUGACCAAAUACGACUGUUCUAGUGCAGACUUAAAUCCAAUUGGUGGAAUCAGCAAAACUGAUUUAAAGAAAUUUAUUCUUUAUUGCAUGAAGGAAUUUGAUCUAUCUUCUCUUCAAAACAUUUAUGGUGCCCCUCCAACUGCUGAACUGGAACCUCUGGAAAAUGGCCAAAUAACACAAACAGAUGAGGAAGACAUGGGUAUGACUUAUGAUGAAUUGUCAGCAUAUGGUCGAUUGCGACAAAUUGACCGUUGUGGACCUUACAGUAUGUUCUGCAAAUUGGUUCAUCUCUGGAAACCAAAAGAUACUGACACAGAAACCCACAACAAAACAAUUGCUGAGAAAGUGAAACACUUCUUCAGGUGUUAUGCCAUCAAUCGUCACAAGAUGACAGUAUUGACACCGUCCUACUAUGCUGAGUGCUACUCACCAGAUGACAAUCGAUUUGAUUUACGACCUUUCCUUUACAAUGCAUCUUGGAGCUGGCAGUUUGAAAAAAUUGAUGCAAUGGUUUAUGAAUUGGACAUUUACGACCAGAUGCAAUUGUGA